UCGAAAAACACAAAAUGCUGGAAGUGCUACGAUAAUACUGAAACGCCAUCUAUGUAUUCGAUGUACAUACACAGUAAUUUUGGUUACGCUGGCGAACAGGACAAUUGUAUUUUAUUAGAAAUAGAACGGCUUCGUUUUAUUAUACGGCUUUAUUGUUUGUUCUACGUACUUAUCACUCGGAGCCCCUAGAUACUAAAGUCAACGCCUAGACUGUGAACGUCUCGUGGGCUUUCUCCCGCAAUUGAGGUUAAACGUGAGGGACAACGAAGACGAUGUCGUUUGUGAAGUAUGUGAAGGAUAUCUUGGAUACUCUGCCAACAAAUAGCGCGGGGGAGAAACUCGACACACUGUUACGUUUAAUGUACUCUCUGUCGGCAAAAUUUCUACAAUUACAGCUAGUCAAUCAGCAUGCUUUGGCUAUGUGUAACUUGAAAAGCAAAAUAUUAAAAGAAAAAGCUCCAGAUGUAUCGAAGAUACCUUCAUUACACGGACCGCAUUUUUACUUUUCGAAUUCGCCCGGGAUCCAACUCAUCAACUCUAACUGCCUCGAACCGCGCACCGUAGUUGGUCAUCAGCUGGCGAAGGGAGCCCUGGCAGCAGCAACUGGGCGAUAUCCUGAAGUUGGCGGAAUCCAAAUGCCAAGGACCACACUUCUCUACGGUCCAAACGGUGUCGGGAAGUCCCUUCUACUCAGAGUUCUAGAAAAUUGCGUGGCCAGACCCUGGCGCUGUCUACGUCUUGACGUUCACGCGUUGACCGCCGAUAAGACAUUUUUGGAAUUGGCGUUUUUCUCGGCGGUCUGUUACUCACCAGCCGUGCUUCUUGUCGACGAUUUGCACAAGAUCAGGACCCAUCCGGAAACUGUUACCCUUCUGGCGGAGAAGGUGAAAUAUCUGCGCACUCAGACUGCGGAAAAUGUGGAAAAUGUCAACUUUGUAGCAACAUGUAUCAAGCCAUGGGAGCUUCCAGAUGAGCUACUUGAUCAGUUCGAAACACGGAUUUUAAUGCCACUGCCGAACGCCGUUGAGCGCCUCGCCAUCCUAAAACUUCAUUUGCCGAAAACCGCGCCCAUAACCCUUGAGCAAAUGAUCGACUUCGUUAAUGAUCUGGAAGGCUAUUCCGGUGGUAUCAUUAAGCAAAUUGUUGAGAACGGUAUCAAGUUGGACCUGGCAGAGCUGGUCGACCUGUCGCAAAAGUAUCAGCAGAACGUGAACACUUUGGAGGAGUAUUGGGGGUUUGUCGAGUUGGAAAUAGUUCGCCUAGGACGAGCAUGGAACAGCAAGAAAAAGAAAAUACCAAAGAGGGGCAUCGAUAAGCACAAAAGCUUUGAUGCUGGGUUUCAAAGCACUUCCGGCUCACCAAUUGUUCCGAGCUCUUUAGACAUCCCAAGAUCGUCAGAGUCAACAAAGCUGCACACGCAAAUAACAUCGGCGUAUGUUGGAGGCAGUCAGAAAAAAAAAUGUCCGUAAAGUAAGGAGAAAUUUUGUUUUUUUUUUCGAAAAGGAACGCCUAUAACGUAAACCAGAAAUAAAGAAUGGACUAAGGUAAGCCAGCGGUACUUCUUGUAAAGCGGCAGACAGUUCCGAUCAGGUAA